AUGUAUGCAAUGGUAGCACAUCUCAUCAGUAUCAUUCUAUCAUUAUUCUUUGUAUUAUGUAAACACAUUUUAUUUCAUUCUACUUUGUUACUGCUAGGCCAUUCAUACUCUGCUAUUAUACAUACUCAUGUAGAUACACCUCCAAGUACUCCAUUCAUACUCAGUAUACUGGAAACAAUCUAUGCAAUCCACAUUCCAAUCACUCCUGCAAACGACAUCACUAUUCUUAUCACUCCCAUUUUCUCAACGCUUCUUGCUUCUUGUUUUAUUUAUUUCCUAUCCUAUCAUAUCCUCUACUUUUCUAAACUCCUGCAUCACUGCAUAUACCACCAUCAGUGUCACUGCCAGUCAUAUCUUUACUGUAUUCUAGCAUUUACUUAUGGACUAAUCGUGUGCAUCAUCCAUAGCUAUGCGGCCUGUGAUCUCUUCUCUUUAUAG